CCCGGCAGGAAAGCGAGACAAUGUUCAACUAUCAACUAACAUUUUAUCUAAUCACCUUUCCCCGAGACUUCUUUGGCCUAACUCUACCCCUCUUCAAACCAGGAUCACCAACCUCUCCCACCUUCUCAUUGAGUCCUCUUCGCAUCUCCAUUUCACAUUCUCGAACCAUCUUAACCUCACUUCAUUCGUCUUAUCGACACAGACGCACUCCUACCCUGUCCCAAAUGUCCUCAUUCCUAAUCUUAUUCCUCUUAGUAUGUCCACACAUCCACCUCAGUAUCCUCAUUUCGCAACGUCAUCUUCUGAACAUGAAAGUUUCUUAACUAGCCAACACUUCACCCCAUACAAGAGAAUCAGCCUAACCACCACUCUAUAGUACACUGUUAGUGUAUACAAGUUAAAAUUGUAAAGGAUAUUGCUCAGAUCAGACAAGUUAAAUGGGGGAUUGGAAAUGUAGGACACUACAUACUUGAGAUGCCACCUGAAAGAAAACAAAGAUGAAAUUACAAUUGGGAUUUUUAUUUUUUGAAUGGCAAUGAAAGGUUACUUCUUUUGAAAGGUAUGUGACUCAUCUAGGAUUUCCAAUGGAUGUUGCAUCAACCAUACCAUUUCAACCAAUAUACCAAUUCUUUAAUGGGAAAAAGCAAGAAGGAGACAUUUUUGGCUUCCUCAACUUGCUCAGACUAUGGCGACUACGUCGUGUUAGUAAAUUCUUCUCAAGGCUAGAGAAGGACACUCGAUUCAGCUACUUCUGGACAAGAUUUUGUAAACUAGUCUGUGUGACUUUAUUCGCGGUGCAUUCCGCUGGUUGUUUCUAUUACUGGCUAGCAACACAUUAUCAUACUGCAGAGAAUACCUGGAUUGGAUCAAAUGUUACUAGUUUCCAAGAAAGAAGUAUUUCUCUUGGAUACACAUAUUCCAUGUAUUGGUCUGUUGUUACCCUCACCACAGUAGGCUAUGGAGAUCUUCGUGCACAUAAUACAGGGGAGAAGGUUUUUGCCAUCUUUUACAUGCUCUUCAACAUUGGCCUAACUGCUUACUUAAUUGGCAACAUGACCAAUCUUGUUGUCCAUAGUGUUGCUCGAACCUUUGCGAUGAGGGACGCAAUCAAUGAGAUACUGCGAUAUGCAAGGAAGAAUAGACUUCCAGAAGGUAUAAAAGAGCAAAUGCUUGCACAUUCAACACUCAGAUUCAAGACUGCAGAACUACAGCAAGAGGAAGUAGUCGAAGACUUGCCUAAGGCAAUAAGAUCUAGUAUUGCACAGCAUCUUUUCCAUACAACCCUUCAAAAUACGUAUCUUUUCAAAGGUGUUCCCGAAGACUUUUUAGUCCAGUUGGUUUCGGAGAUAAAAGCAGAAUACUUUCCACCGAAAGUUGACAUUGUUAUUCAAAAUGAGAUACCAACAGACUUCUACAUUAUUGUAUCCGGGGCUGUGGAAGUAGUAACAUACAAGAGUGGAACAGAACAGUUCCUGUCAAAAUUGGAAUCCCCGGAAUUGUUUGGCGAAAUAGGUGUGAUCUUUAAUAUGCCUCAACCUUUCACGGUGAGAAGUAAAAGACUUUCUCAGGUUGUUCGAAUCAGUCAUCAUCAUUUCAAGCAACUGUUGCAGCUGUUUAACACAGAUGGAAAAAUAAUCCUCUCCAAUUUUCUACAGCAUCUUAAAGGAAUCGAAAAGGAAGAGCUACAAGAGAUACCACUCAUAUCAGAGUUGCUCAGUGACCUGAAUAGUGAGGAGUUCUCUGUGAAUACGGAGCGAAAUCAUGAAGGACCAAACCAAGAAGGAACCAGAAUUCGUAGAGUGUCAGCCACAUUUCCCACUAGGAUUAUAAUACAUGGAUAUCAUCCACAUGACAAACCAAAUGAAGGCGGAAUUGACGGAAAACUAAUACAUCUACCUGAGUCAGUUGAAGGUCUAUUAACAAUAGCAGAAAAAAAGUUUGGCAAAAGAAGAAGCAUAAUUCUCUUGGCAGAUGGCUCCCAACAGAAGGAUUUGGGUGCUUUGCAAGAAAAUGAUCACUUGUAUAUAGUUUGAGGGGGAAAUCCUCAACGACAUGUAUCGAUAAGUUAAAAGAAUCAUCGAAUGCUUAAGAAGUCAAGAUGGUAGGAAAUAUCAUACAAUCUCCUAAUUUCCUUGAAGCUUGAACAACCAUGUCGUACACUUGCGAUUAAUUCUUUUUGGAAGUGUAAACAAGUUCAAAGAAAGUUUUUUAAAGGGGUAAAAUAAUGAAACUGUCAUUAUUUUUAUGAGUUCUUAAGGGACGUGUAAACAGAAAAGUUGACAAGUAACGUGAAAAGGAAAGAGUAUACUAUCUGGAGGUUGCAGUAGUGAUCAAAUGUGAAGCGUGGUGGCAAACUGUU